AUGCGCCAAAACCUCUUAAUUACGAAGCGAUGUGAUAUUGUCCGACACGAACGUGAGUCAAUGUGCCAAGUAUGUCAGAGUACGCGUGGAGGAGUUCGUUGCUUGAGGCUCUGUUUGCAUGGACAGAAAAGAGGAAAUCGUAUACGAAUCCACUCUAUCGUGUCCGGCGCUGUGGACGUUAACUAUCAGCGCCCAAAUCCUGUUUGCUUUCUUGCUUUAUUUUUUAUUUCUUUUUUUUGUUGUUCUAUUUCUUUCUUCCUUUUUCUUUCUUUCUUUCUUUCUUUCUUGCUUUCUUUGCUGUCAUUCUUUCUUUCUUUCAUACUUUCUUGCUUUCUUUCUUUCUUUGCUGUCAUUCAUUCUUUCUCUCUUUCUUUCUUUUUUCUUUCUUUCUUUCUUUGCUGUCAUUCUUUCUUGCUUGCUUGCUUGCUUUCUUUCUUUCCUGUCAUUCUUUCUUUCUUUCUUUCUUUCUUUCUUUCUUUCUUUCUUUCUUUCAGCCAUUCUUUCUUUCUUUCUUUGCUGUCAUUCUUUCUUUCUUUCUUGCUUGCUUUCUUUCUUUCCUGUCAUUCUUUCUUGCUUUCUUUCCUUUUUCUUUGCUGCGAUUCUUUCUUUCUUUCUUUGCUGUCAUUCUUUCUUUCUUUCUUUCUUUCUUUGCUGCCAUUCUUUCUUUCUUUCUUUCUUUCUUUCUUUCUUUCUUUCUUUGCUGUCAUUCUUUCUUUCUUUCUUUCUUUCUUUCUUUCUUUCUUUCUUUCUUUGCUGCCAUUCUUUCUUUCUUUCUUUCUUUCUUUCUUUGCUGCCAUUCUUUCUUUUUUUCUUUCUUUGCUGUCAUUCUUUCUUUCUUUCUUUCUUUCUUUCUUUCUUUCUUUCUUGCUUUCUUUUUUUGCUGUCAUUCUUUCUUUCUUUCUUUCUUGCUUUCUUUCUUUGCUGUCAUUCUUUCUUUCUUUCUUUCUUUCUUUCAUUGCUGCCAUUCUUUCUUUCUUUCUUUCUUUCUUUCUUUGCUGCCAUUCUUUCUUUCUUUCUUUUCUGUCAUUCUUUCUUUCUCUCUUUAUUUCUUUGCUUGCUUGCUUUCUUUCUUUGCAGUCAUUCUUUCUUUCUCUCUUUCUUUUUUCUAUCUUUCUUUCUCUCUUACUUUCUUUGAUUGAUUUCUUUCUUUUCUAUCUUUCUUUCUCCCUUUCUUUCUUUGCAAUCCUUCUUUUUUUCUGUCUGUCUGGGUCUCUCUUUCUGUGUUUACUUGCUUUCUUUCUUUGCUGUCUUUCUUUCUACCUUUCUUUCUUUUCUGUCUUUCUUUUUCUCUGUCUCUCUCUCUUUCUGUGUUUAUUUGCUUUCUUUCUUUGCUGUCUUUCUUUCUUUAUCUCUUUCAUUCGAUACUUGCUUGCUUUCUUUCUUUUCUAUCUUUGUUUCUCUCUUUUUUUUCUUUCCUUUCUAUACUUGUUUGGUAUCUUUCUUUUCUUUCUCUCUUUCGCUCUUUCUUUGCUAUCUCUUUUUUUCUCCCUUUUUUCUUUGCUAUCUUUCUUUCUCUCUUUCUUUCUAUACCUAUCAUUCUUUCUUUUUCUUUCUUUCCUUGCUUUCUUUCUCUCUUUCUUUUCUAUCGUUAUUUUUAUCUUUCUUUCAUUGUUAUCUUUCUUUCUCUCUUUCUUUUUAUACUUGUUUGCUUUCUUUUCUGUCGUUCUUUCUUUUUCUCUUUCUUUUUUGUUAUAUUUCUUUCUUUCCUUUUUCUUUCUUUCUUUGCUAUAUUUCUUUCUAAUCCUUUGCUAUAUUUCUUUCUUUCUUUCUUCCACUUUUUCUUCCUUUACUAUCUUUCUGUCUCGCUUUCUUUCUUUGAUUGUUUGCUUUCUUUCUUUGCUGUCUUCUCUUCUCUCUUUCUUUCUUUGCUAUCUUCCUUCCUUCCUUUCUCUCUCUCUCUCUUUCUUUGCUUUCUUUCAUUCUUUCUUUCUUGCUCUUUCUAUUCCCUUCUUGCUUUCGACCGACGAGCUAGGAACGGCUAUCAGUAUUGAAAUUAACAGGCACGUGACUUUUGCUUGCUUGCUUUUUUUCUUUCUUUCUUUCUUUCUUUCUUUCUUUCUUUCUUUCUUUCUUUCUUUCUUUCUCUUUUCAGUCUCAUAUUUCUGUCGUUUUCUUUUUUCUUUCUUUCUUUCUUUCUUUCUUUUUUCAACUUCAUCCACCUUUGUUCUAUUUCUUUCUUUCGGCCAUUCUUUGAUUUUUCCCUUUUCUUCUUUCUAUACCUCUUUGCUCCUUUUUGUAUUUGUUCUUUCUUUCUUUCUUUCUUUCUUUCUUUCUUUUCUUUCUUUCUUUCUUUCUUUUGUUUAUAAUUUUCUUCUCUUUCUCAUAUAA